AUGCCGGUGGUGGGCGUGAACAGGGAUCGCCUGUUUCAGGCGCUUGGUCGCACCUACACCGACGAGGAGUUUGAUGCCCUAUGCUUCGAGUACGGCAUUGAGCUGGACGAUGUGACGUCAGAGAAGGAGCUGCUCCGCAAGGAGCAUGGCGCCGCUGCCGGCGACGCGGCGCAGUUUGCGGGCGCGAGCGACGAGGUGAUCUACAAGAUCGACAUCCCCGCCAACCGCUACGACAUGCUGUGCCUGGAGGGCAUCGCGCGCGCCCUGAACGUAUUCAAGGGCCGCGUGGAGGCGCCGCAGUACCGCCUCGCCGACAUGCGGGGCAAGCCCAUGCAGCAGCUCAUCGUGCGGCCGGAGACGGCGCUGGUGCGGCCGUUUGUGGUGGCGGCGAUCCUGCGCGGCGUCAGCUUUGACCCGGUCAAAUAUGACUCGUUCAUCGACCUGCAGUCCCCUCUCCACUCACCGUGUUAUUCCUCCGCCCCCUGA